UUAUACACCGAUGAUGACUGUGAACUCUGAGGUAGUCACUGGCUCUGGGGAUCCUACCAAGCUCUGGGAGAGGGGCUCUAACAUGACCGGAAGGUGGGAGGGACUCUGUAACAUGGUGGUAAGCAGUGUUGCAAGGUUAAAGAUAUUGAGUCACCACCACCAUUCAUCAUCCCCAUGUUCACACGCAUCAUCAUGUACCACACGAUCUCCUCUCCCUAGCCUUCUCCAAUGUUGUCCUACGGAAUCCCUUCUCCAGUGACAUCAUCCAAUCCAGCUCCUCCCCCAGUGACAUAUCCAAUAAUUUUUCUAAAAGU